UGGAACUUGUGAUUAUAAAACUUAUUCAGAGUCUGAACAUACAUACUAAUAUUAAAAUUUACAGUGUAAAAUAUUACAACUUACUUUUAUAUUGGAAUUUGGGAUUUUUCUAGAAAGAAACGAAAGGAAUUACAUUAAACUAGAAACAAGUGAUCUCUGUAAACUAAGAUACAAUAGAUAGCUAUUUUUCAAUGGGAAUCUCUACAACUGUAAUAAGGAUUUUGAUUUCCUUUCUAUUUUGCUCAACACUAUCAUUAGGACGAUAUUUGAGUAAUGACAAUCUAUUUCGGGAAGUAAAAAGGCUGGCAAAAGAAAAGCGAACGACCGAAGACAAUAAAUUAUUUUUUAAGACUGGUGAGGAUUUGCCUAGCGAAACAAUAGGAACGGCACACGAAGACAUUGUAUUGGAAUGUCAAGCUGGCGGAAAACCAGCAGCAUCCAUUCACUGGCUGAAGAAUGGUAUAAGAAUUCAACAGGGUCCUUCAAGAGAUUAUAAAAACGACGAAUUGUUUGUUGAGGAAAUAUUAAAUGAGAAAAGAGGAGCAUUAAUAGGACUCGGUUUUACUAAAUCAAAGUUAUAUUUGGACUGCCUGUCUCCCGAAGACGAAGGGGAGUACUCAUGUGUAGCUGAAACAGCAACCCAGAGAAUCGUCCAGACAACGCAAGUUUCAGUUGUUGGCAGAUUUGAAUCCAAAGCUCACGAAAAAUGUAUUGUAAAGAAAUCGAUUCAUUCUGCUUCUGCAAGAAUAUUUCUAUGGACAAGCCAUAGAGUCGAAAUAAGUGGUGCUUCUGUCCAACUAAUGUGCAGAGUAGAAGGUAGUCCAUCACCGAUGGUAUCAUGGGUUACCCCAAAAGGCAAAGAAAUUUCACAUCCUACAGAAAAAUAUGAGGUGCUAAGUAAUGGAGAUUUAUUGAUACGGAACAUUUCGUGGAAAGACAUGGGAUCAUAUACUUGUUCAUGUGCUAAUGAUGCAGGCGUUGACGAAAUCUCAACAUUCCUUUACCCAACAAGAAGGAGAUCGUAACACUUACCCGUAAAGGCAUGAUACAGAAUUCCAGCCAUUUUACUGUCUCUUACAAUUUCAUUCCGAAAGCUUAACAAUCUGGUUCCACAAAGAGACUUUAAUCUUGCCCGAGAGAUCCAUGAACCAGUCCCAACAUUUGUUGUUGGUUGUUGUUGAAUAUGUGCAAUGGUUAUAUUGUUGUGUUCUCUGUUAAAACUUUACAAUUGUUGAAGAAUUUGUCUCAUAUAUUAUUUUUAAUGCAUUUUGCGUUCCGAAUAACUCGGAUAGUCCACGAUAUUAACUAUUCACCUUCAUCUUAAUCAAUUUUUUUCUUUCUUAUUUCUUGAAGUAGUCAAGAGUGCAUGCAAGAGUAUAAAUUGGAAUGUUGAAUGUGGUAUAUUAGUAGUGAGCAACAAAAUACACAUAUCUGUGAGAAAAAGUCUUCUUUGAACAAUUUAUGUUUUAAAUUAGAAACCUUUAGUGAACCAACCUCAAUUUCUAAUGUCGUCUGCAAUUGAUGCAUGACGUAAUUUUUCUGAGAAAUUUAUCCAUGACGUCAUCAAAACAUAUCAUUGUGAAUCAUUAUUUAUUUAUAAUUGUUCAUUCUGUGCCAUUUUUAUUGUAAAAUAGUCAUCCUAUUUAUUUAUUUGUUUUAUUUAUUGAGAUUAUUUAUUGAUGAAUAUGACAUAAUGUGUAAUAUUGUGCUCAAAAUUGACAAAUGCCUUUAAUAAAUCCAGAUGAUUUUC